GCGGCCGGCGCCGCGCCGACGCCCCGCCACUAUAAGUUGAGGGUCCCACGUCCGGAACUUCACUUUGCUCUCAUCCGUCCAAGAGCCACCACAGCCAUGAAGACCGCCGCCGUGCUCAAGGCCUGCGUGCUCGCCGCCCUGGCGCUCAGCUUCGCUGAGGCCAACUGCAUCCGCAAGUGUGCUACCCGCGUGGCUGUGCCCCAGACCGUCACCUACUACGCCGCCGCCGCCGCCCCCGCCUCCGCCUGCAACUCCUGCGGCUCCAACAACUGCGGUGGCUGCUACCAGCCCGCCCCUGCUCCUUCCUGCAACUCCUGCGGCUCCAACUGCGGUGGCUCCUGCUACCAGCCCGCCCCCGCCCCCCAGCCCGACUGCGGUGGUGAGAUCAUCGAGGUGACCAAGACCAAGACCGUCGCCGCCGCUCCCUCUUGCAACUCCUGCGGCAGCUCCAACUGCGGUGGCUGCUACCAGCCCGCCCCCGCCCCCAGCUGCAACUCCUGCGGCAGCUCUAACUGCGGUGGCUGCUACCAGCCCGCCCCUGCUCCUUCCUGCAACUCCUGCGGCUCCAACAACUGCGGUGGCUCCUGCUACCAGCCCGCCCCCGCUCCCCAGCCCGACUGCGGUGGUGAGAUCAUCGAGGUGACCAAGACCAAGACCAUCGCCGCCCCCGCUCCCUCUUGCAACUCCUGCGGCAGCUCCAACUGCGGCGGCUGCUACCAGCCCGCCCCCGCCCCCACCUGCAACUCCUGCGGCAGCUCCAACUGCGGUGGCUGCUACCAGCCCGCCCCCGUCUGCAACUCCUGCGGCACCGACUGCGGUAACUCCUGCUACCAGCCCGCCCCCGCCCCCGUCUGCAACUCCUGCGGCACCAACUGCGGCAACUCUUGCUACCAGCCCGCCCCCGCCCCCGCCUGCAACUCUUGCGGCAGCUCCAGCUGCGGCAACUCCAACGGCGGCGAGCAGGUGACCAUCACCAAGACCAGGAAGUACGUCGCCAAGAGGCCCGCCCAGCAGCAGGUCCAGGUCGUGUGCAACACCUGCUCCAAGCCCGCUUGCGGCUGCACUUGUUAGGCCCUACCGCCCCAUCAGCAAAUGAAAUGAGAGCAAAAGAAUAAAAAAACAAGACUGAUCUUUGAA